AUGGAUGUUGCACAAGCAGUGGCCGGCUAUGUCUCGCGCAUGAUAUCUUUGUCUGAUCCUCUAUCGGCAGCACAGUCGGCGAAGAUGAAAGUUCUGUUGCUUGAUCGUGAGACGGUGUCCAUUGUGUCUACAGCCAUUACACAAUCCGCCUUGCUCAACCAUGAAGUCUACCUCAUUGAUCGAAUCGACAACCCAAACAGGGAGAAGAUGCGUCAUCUGCGAUGUUUGUGUCUCGUGCGACCGUCGCCGGAGUCGAUCCAACUUCUUAUCGAUGAACUACGAGAGCCCAAGUACGGCGAAUACAACUUGUACUUCACCAAUGUGGUCAAAAAGUCAUCACUCGAGAGACUUGCCGAAGCAGAUGACCAUGAGGUAGUCAAACUUGUACAGGAGCACUUUGCGGAUUUCAUAGUCAUAAAUCCUGACUUGUUUUCACUGGGCCUCAGCCCGCCUCACCAGCGCAUCUGGGGCAGCGGCCCGGACAUUUGGAACACUGAUGCCCUCCAGAGAAGUGCUGACGGACUCAUUGCCGUUCUGCUGGCACUUAAGAAGAAGCCUCUUAUCAGAUACGCCAAAAAUAGCCCGCUCACGAAGAAGUUGGCGACGGAAGUUCGAUACCGCAUCACCCAGGAAGAGCAGUUGUUUGACUUCAGAAAAGUAGACACACCACCUAUUCUUCUGAUCCUCGAUCGACGUGAGGAUCCGGUGACGCCUCUCCUCACGCAAUGGACCUAUCAGGCUAUGGUGCAUCAUCUUCUUGGCAUCAACAAUGGCAGGGUAGAUUUGAGCGAUGUUCCUGAUAUCCGCCCGGAGCUCAAGGAGAUCGUUUUAUCCCAGGAUCAAGACCCUUUUUUCAAGAAGAACAUGUAUCUCAAUUUCGGUGACCUAGGCGGGAAUAUCAAGGACUAUGUAGAGCAGUACCAGUCCAAAACUCAGAACAACGCCAACAUUGAGUCGAUAUCGGAUAUGAAGCGGUUCAUUGAAGAGUAUCCAGAAUUCCGCAAGCUCUCUGGAAACGUGAGCAAGCAUGUCACACUAGUCUCGGAAUUGAGCAGGCGGGUCGGGGCAGAAAACCUUCUCGAAGUCAGCGAACUUGAACAGAGCUUGGCAUGUAACGACAAUCAUGCAGCGGACGUCAAGAACAUCCAAAAACUCAUUCAGUCCCCAAAAGUGACAAGCGACAGCAAGGUGGCCCUGGUUGCUCUGUAUGCACUGCGAUAUGAGCGAAACCCUUCCAACUCUCUCCCAAUGCUUAUAGACCUUCUGGUGGCUGCUGGCGGAGUCUCCGUGCGUCGAGCAGACCUCGUUACCAAACUGGUGGCGUAUCAGUCAUCUCUUCAACAAUCCCAAGCUCAAACAGGGAUCACAGACAUUUUCGACUCUGCCGGUAUCUUCGGAGGGGCUGGAAACCGCUUCAAGGGGCUUAAGGGUGUUGAGAACGUUUACACGCAACAUAGUCCCCUCCUAGAGAGCACCCUGCAAAACUUAAUUCGGGGUAGAUUGAAAGAACAGCAGUAUCCCUUUGUCGAAGGGGGCGGAACCACUCGGGAUAAACCACAGGACAUAAUUGUAUUUAUGGUAGGCGGUGCUACAUAUGAGGAGGCCAAGAUGGUUGCCACAAUCAAUGCCAGCUCACCUGGCGUUCGUUUGGUCCUCGGCGGCACAACCAUUCACAAUGCGGCAACAUAUCUCGAGGAGGUAGAAGACGCGGUAUCAUCAUGGCCCGACUCACAGAAAUCAGGCACACGGAGGCCGUUCGAUGUCGUCGUUGUAGGUGGUGGCCAUGCGGGCGCUGAAGCGUGCGCGGCCGCAGCCAGAGCCGGAGCGCGAACUGCUCUCGUUACUCCCAAAAUCGAAAAUCUCGGCACUUGUUCUUGCAAUCCUUCUUUCGGUGGCAUUGGGAAAGGCAUCAUACUUCGUGAGAUCGACGCUCUCGAUGGUUUGGCCGGCAGAAUCAUCGACAAGGCCGGAAUCCAGUUCAAGGUUUUGAACCGGACCAAGGGACCAGCAGGUCCUCGGGCGCAAAUCGAUCGAAAACUUUAUCAGAAGCACAUGAGGGAGGAGCUGGGAGCAUAUCCAAACCUCUCAAUUGUGCUUGGUAGUGUCUCUGACAUUGUCACAACGGCCAGCGACGGCACCACAAAUCCUACCCAAAGCAAAAUCACCGGGGUUCGUCUUGAGUCUGGCGAAGUCCUUCCAACUACCCAAGUAAUCAUAACCACCGGCACAUUUUUGAGUGGCGAAAUACAUAUCGGCAUGGAGAGUUACCCGGCAGGACGCAUAGGCGAGGACGCCUCGUACGGCUUGAGCAAGUCACUUAAGGAUGCUGGUUUCAGUUUGGGGAGGCUCAAGACAGGCACCCCGCCGAGAAUCGCGAAGAACAGCAUCGACUAUGGCAUUCUACAAGAGGAGCCUGGUGAUGAACCGCCGAUGCCAUUCAGCUUCCUGAACCACCGAGUUGCCGUACAAGAUCAGAUGCUCUGUUAUGUCACACACACGAACGAGGGGACACAUGCGAUUGUUCGAGACAACCUAGACAAAACCAUCCACAUUCGGGAAACGAUUAGGGGACCUAGGUAUUGCCCGUCAUUGGAGGCCAAAAUCACGCGGUUUGCCGACAAGGAGAGACAUAUUGUAUGGCUCGAACCCGAAGGUUUCGACAGUGAUGUUAUCUAUCCCAACGGCUUGUCCAUGACUGUUCCUCCCUCAGCGCAAGAACAAAUCCUCCGUUCAAUACGAGGCCUAGAGCGUUCGGUCAUGACGCAGCCAGGUUACGGCGUUGAGUACGACUAUAUCGAUCCCCGGAGCUUGAAGGCUACCCUAGAAACAAAAAACAUCAGCGGCUUGUACCUGGCAGGUCAGAUAAACGGCACUACCGGUUAUGAAGAAGCAGCAGGCCAGGGAGUGGUUGCAGGCAUCAACGCCGGUCGAGCCGCCCUUGGUCUCGCACCAGCGCCCAUCUCCAGAGCGGACGGCUACAUUGGUGUCAUGAUUGACGAUCUCAUCACCAAAGGCGUCACAGAGCCGUACAGAAUGUUCACGACGAGAAGCGAGUACAGGUUGACGUCAAGAGCUGACAACGCAGAUUUAAGAAUGACGAAACAUGGGCGAGACUGGGGAGUUGUAUCAGACAAACGAUGGAGUUCUUUUUCUGAUGAGAAACAACAGAUGGAUGAGUUGAUGGCGUUGCUCACUUCUACGACCAAGGCCUCCCAUGAGUGGAUCAACCUUGGCUUCCCGUUCCGGAAACUGUCAGAGCGCCGCGACGCGACUGACAUGCUCCGCCUGCGUAACGUGACCAUGGAACAGGUCGCCUCCGCGAUACCUGGAAUCAGUGGCUUCCCGGAACACAUCAAGUCUCGAGUACAUAUUGAAGCCAUGUAUACUCCUUUCAUCCAGAGACAACUUGCCGAGCGCCAGGUUUUCGCCCGAGACGAUAAGGUUCUUCUGCCGCUCUCCAUUGAUUAUGACGACGUCCCAGGAUUGGCCAUGGCCGAGAAGAAUGUACUCAAAACGACCAGGCCAGAGACAUUGGCCCAGGCGAGGAGGCUUGAAGGCAUCACCCCCUCGGGUUGUCUCCGACUACUCAGCUACGUCAAGCAACAGAAACGCAACAAACGUGUGGCAAGCCUGGCGGAGAAAACGGAAUAUUGGCGACUGAAGAAUCAGACAGAGGAUGAUAAAAGGGCAUGA